ACCGACGAUCAACCAACAAAAUCACGGAAAUAAUCUGAAUCAACCAUUAAUCCAAUUUGCUUUUUUUCUUUUUUUUUUAAAUUUUUUUUAUUCUUUCCGGAAAAUUUCAAUUCAUUCAAUUGUCCCUUGAAGCUGAAACCCUAAAAAGUUGCAAUUUGGGUCCCAAAUCCCCAUUCUCCCCGUGCUCGUAUCCAUAUCCACCACCACGUUCGACCAUCAGCCUCCUAACGUUCUUACCAUCGGCGUCAAGUCAACCCCCUCAAGAUCUUCAUUCCCUUAAAGAUGGAGGAGGAGGGAGGGAUGCACUUCUGUGCGUUGAUAUCGCGGCCUUUCGGUUUUGGCGAGUGUUUAACUUAUGAUUACUCAUCUUUCACUGAGGCUGAUUUUGAUAAGAAUGCUGAUCAUCGACUAAUUACGGACCCUGUUGUUCCUCACGGACUACAAGAUCAACCCCUUCCCGACGGUCCGGGUUGCAGCCGCGUCGGUCGUCGCUUCUUUCUCAUGGGAGGUUUACAGUUUUCAAGUGGUGCGAGUAAGAUAAACUUGCUUGGUCUCUCGACAGCCCUGUGGUCCUUCGACGCUGAUGCAUCACCACCAGCACCUGGACUGAGAACUAGACCGAGACCUUGUCCUUCUGGUUUUUCUUUGACUUUGAGGUUCUGCGGUUCUAUGGAAUUAGGACGAUCAUGGCCCGUGGGAGUCCCAUAUGAUGAUAAGUUAUAUAUCUUCGGAGGCUUGGGCUGCUCGGCAUCUCUGGAGCAUCGGCGAUCUUGGAUCGAGAUUUAUGACCCUCUGAAGGACACGUUCCUGCAGCCUAGGGAAGUGCCUAAAUAUGUUGCGCACAUGUCGCCCUCUUGUUACUUUCUGUGGGACAACGCGACCACUAAUCAGUCCCUUGCCGAUGGCAAGGAGCAUCGCAAGAAAACACUGUUUAUGCUGUACGAUAGUAAUCAUCCCCGUCUCUUGUCGUACGACGUGGAAGAGAACUGCUGGGAAGAGUUCGACCCCAACUUCCCCGGGUCCCGCGUUGGCAACUGCAGGAGGAACCUCAUUCUUUGGGGUCGAGACACUCUUUUCAUAAUCGACCAUGCAGCUCGUUGGUCCAUCUAUGACUUGUCCUCCAAGAAGGAGACGGGAGAAGUGCAGGUGCAGGGCUUGAAGCUGGACGGUUUGGUGAUCCAUGCUUUCUGUCAGUGCUCCUCCGAGGAUGGACCUCUUACCUUCUUCAUCUUCAUGGAAGGAGCUUCGGACAAGGAAACCAGGAUCAGGGAGUAUCUUCCUUACGCAAGCGUCCGGCUUGUACGCGAGGGGAAGAACUUCAUUGCUACUGUCACGUCUGAAGGUGCUCUCAACAUCGGUGACCAUGACCAUGUUGAGAUCUUUACCGAUCAAGGUGGUGAUUAGAGAGUUGCAGAAGAGGCUCCUCUUGGAUGGAGGAGGGUCUGAUAAGAAGAAACGGGAAGCUGAAGCUGUAGCUGUAGUUGGUGGGCUUGUGCCAAAGCCUAAUAAUUUAUGUCGGGGUCCUCCCUUUAGAUUCUUCCGUCUCUGUUGAAGGAUUACGAUCUUGUGGUGCACAGUAUAUGCUCUCAUGUCCUUGAGACAACUGAAUUUUUAUCUCCUUAGGAAGAAAGCAAGUAAUUAUUAGACCUGAUUUUUAUUAA